AUGACGACCAACCUGGUGAAGGCCGCCGUGGUUUUUCUCUUCCUAGCCAUCGUCAGAUAUACCAAAAAUCGAUGGAGUGGCCAGAGAGAACAAAGUACAGUGCACAGAACGAAUCAAGAUGCCACACAUGAAAAGCAAAACGAUAGACCUAUCCUCGAAAGGUUCUACAGAGACAUGUACUUCAAGCUGCACAAUAUUGAGGAACAUCCAGGUGUCAUUGACCAGGGCCGCAACGUCCUACAGGCUUGCAUUUCCGAGGCGCUACAGGUGGCGCACAAAUGCAAUCACCCUAUCUUACGGCUUGGCCAAUUUUCAGACGUAGGGGUUGAAAUGUUCGUUCAAUCUGAGCAGGAAGCUGUGAUCAUGCAAUGGCGAGAGUAUCUGCAGAAAAGGGCUAGCGGUCAGGGCCGGGAGAUGUUUUUGUCCGCCGAUGACGCGAAACAUUGGCUCGUCCAAAGGGCUCCCAUGAAGUUUGUGGACGGCGCAUGGCUAGGCUAUAUUCACCGGGCAACGGCUCCAUAUGCAAUGCGCUUCGUGACAAAGGAUCUAUGGCAGAUCCUCUCGGAGGAGAUUGGGGAUGGUGAUUUACAGAAAAGCCAUGUCCAUGUCUUUCGCCGGCUGCUGCAGGGCCUGAACCGUGAUCCUGGGCAAGCCGACUCGCGAGAGUUUGCCAACAACCGUGAUAUGGAUGACCCUCACAUAUGGAGAGCCUCUGUCCUGCAGCUACUCAUCUCUUUGUACCCGGCUGAAUUCUUGCCGGAGAUCCUGGGUUACAAUAUGCAUUUUGAGAUGCUUACCCUUGACACCCUUAUAGUAGCCAAAGAGCUGCGCGAAUUGAAUAUCGACCCGACCUAUUUCACUCUCCAUAUCACCAUUGACAAUGCGCACUCGGGCCAUACAGCUAUUGCCAGUACUGCCGUGGUGAAGUACCUGACAGCUAUUAAAGCGAAGCAGGGUGACGCUGCCGUCAAACGGGUGUGGAACCGGGUCCAGGCUGGAUAUGUCCUCUCCAGCUGUUUAACGCCCGGAGUGAAGGGACUUCCCAGCUCUUGGUAUAGUUCCCUUGCGGCAGACGUCUUAGACAUUUUCAAGGCCAAAGCCAAGGCAGCCGACGGGAUCCAUGACACCUGCCCGGUGCGGGUGGGCACCAAGUCGCUGAGCGAAUGGAUAAAUCCACAGACCUUUGAAUCGGAGGAAUUGCAAAACGAGUUUCUUACCAGCCUGAGUAACUCUCGGCCGUGGGUUUACAAAGGAGAUAGCAGUCGCAGCCGAAUCAUCCGUUCAUUGCUCUGGGAAGGCCGAAUGUUUGGAGCCUUCACAGAGGGCGAGGUUGCACGGGUCAGAGAUUGGAUCGACAGUCUCUGCGAGGAUAAUAAACAGCGCGACUUCAUCCAUGGUGAUCAUUCUUCUGAGCAGUCGUCCCGUUUGAACGGAUAUGCCGUUCCCCUGGAUUCCAGGAUCUCAAGUUUACGAUCCAACAUCCGCAACCUUGGACGCGUGGGGGAGCCAGACAUCCCCAACUCUCGAAAAGAGGGCCCACUCAAGCUCACCAUUGCAAUGGAUGCAGAAGCCAACUUAGAACGGUUAAUCCCGUUGUGGAUGGCACAUCCUUGCCUGCUGGAAUCGUGGGUCUCCGUGCCGUGGAGAAUCGUGAGCUCUGAAGGCUGCGCGGCAGUGCGUCUUCUUCGCGCUCAGCAUGGGUUCGCACCGGAGCGCCCCGUAGUCGACGGUAUGGAUGAGGCCCGCCGAGAGGACCCACUAGGCCUGGUUGAAAUUGGACUGGACAUCAUCAACCAGACCGGGUCCACGGCCCCACGCGAUCUCGAUGAGGUGCUACGCCGGUGGCCCUCGCCAUUCGCGUAUACUCUAGCAACCUUAGCUUUGCGGCCAAGAAAGCAUACAUGGCGACUUUUCGGCAUUACGCAGGCUUUUGUCCAUCUCCAUCAACAUCUGAGCGUCCAUGGUAGCAUCAUGUCUCCAAGGAGUCGAACUGCCUUGAUGGAAAUCAGUGCCCGGGAACAGACCAUCUUGGACGCACUUCGGCAUGGGGAACUUGAGAAUGGACCGGAGACCCGAGAAUUACACGCUGGGUAUUUGAUGGCGAAGACUGAAAUUGCAGCCUGCUUCAAAUAG